UUUGCCUACCCCGGAGCGACCCUCGAAUUGACCGCUAUCACCUAGCCAUAUCAUCAACCACUACAACUGGUUCAAUGUCGAUGGGAAUGGACCGCCUCGAGAAGAGGCUGGACCGGUUGGAGAGGUUUUUCCACAGAAAGAGGAAGCUAUCGCCGCGCAAGUCGGCCGCUGUUGAAAGUGGACCUUUCACAUCGCUUUCGCACUCGGCUUCAGCUCCAACUAUCCAAAAAUUUCCAACGCCAUCCUUCAUCAGACCGACCUCAACUCGCAUGCUGGCUAGGGAGGAGGUAACAUUGGCGCGCCAAAGUGCCCGACGCACAAAGAGCCUCCCCGAAUCCCCAAGCGAUCUCUAUAGUCCAUCCUUCUCGACUUCCGAGCAUGGACUCAGAACAGAAUUUACCCCCAGGCGGCGCAUUCAGGGCCCUUCAGUACCCCAGCGGUCUUCUUCCCUAGUCAGCAGACAAAUGGACGCCUCUUUAGCCGAACUUCUUGAGUUCAGUUUUUCCGGUCGCUCUACAAGGAGCCACGCUGAGCUAUCUGCUUUAUCUAUGCGCCGCUCGAGGUCCGGUCACAAGUCACCUUCACGCUCGACUUCCAUAUCGAUUUCUCCGCGAGCGCAGCCAGGCAGGAAACGCCAUCCCAGCCUACACAUCCACACACAUCUGCAGACGCCUUUGUCAUUAGCGCAGCAACAUAAAUCUUGUGAUUCAAUGCUUUCCCUGUCACCGACGUCUCUCUCGCAUGGGCAUCUUACUCCGGCUGCCUCUCCAAGACUGAUCCCGCUCCCUGCUCCAGAACCCAACGGGCUGCAUGAAAUUACCUUGUCACCGUCGAGAAGCCCUCCAAGUCGGACUGCGACACUUGUCUGUAAAAAGCCCGUCUCGGAGUUGAAGACUCCUGUCAGCGGCCUUAGCACAGAAAGAUCUGCCCCUUCCAUCAGGAUCAACACCAUUCUCCGGGAACCCAGCUUCAAUGACUUCUUGGCCCUUAGCGAUGAUGAUAUCGCUGAUGAUCUUGCCAACGAGCAAUCGCUGUCGCAGACAAGUUACAUAACGUCUUCGGGGUCAUCAAGCUACGAUCUGCCGCUGAAUCGUUUCGCUUCAAUUUCCUCUCCGCACAUGGUGAGCGAUCACCCCCUGUUGACACUUUCCCCUCCUCUGGCCAGCAAGCCUGCUACUACAGCAGCCUUUGAAGCUGCUCGAAUUGCGUCAAAAUAUCACUUUGACCUUGUGUAUGUGGUCAACCUGUGGCCCAGUCGGAAUGGCUCUAUCCAGUCCACCGGUUUCUCAAAGAGGUCAUCCAUGUCAUCGCUUUCGACCUCCACAACCCUUCUCAACUCUCCUUCGUCCCCUAGCGCAUCGUUUUCCGCCACGUCGACAGAGGAAAACCUCGGACUGCUGUUUCCGCUACCCUCUGAAUAUCGAAGUAUGACUGGUCGUUUGUUGGCCGCGUACGGGCUACAUUCUCUCAUGAGCCCGUUCCGUAUCUCAGCACCGGUUCACCGCAAGAUUCUCGAAUCUGAUCACUGGUUGGAAUAUCGCAGCGACGAUGCGGCUGAGAAUGAAUUCGCUGAAGGUUAUAGCUGCUCGUUCUACACUGGUUGUACUUACCCAGGUCCUUUCAGCGUGCUUGGCGAGAAGGCAGGCAGGCAUGGUGGCGCCAAGAACCACGGAAUUGUAUUUGCGGCAUAUCGCCUGCCGCACAAUGCCGCUACCAUAAGCGGAAGUAGCGUAGAGGAGCUGAAGGAGCUCCGCAAGGAUGCCGAAGCGCUGGUGAAUCUGGCACUCGAUACCUAUACGGAUCACAAAGAGAAACGGGGAGACGGGACGUGGAGGUGCACCCUGGAUGACGAUAAGAUCGUGCCAGUGGUCAGUCGACAGUUGCUCGUGCGUUAAGACCCGAGAAUUUCUUAUCACCAUUUGUCCUCGAACAGAGAGGGUCACAUGUUUUCGAAAUUAUCCAACAAACAAGAGAGAAUUAAAGAUACUGCCUGGCCUUACAAUUAAGGUCCUGUGGGGAUAUCGACAAAGCUGUCGAAACUCUCAUCAUUUCUGUUCAUCUACGC